UUCUAAACUUCCCGCUUGGUACCCGAUCCACCAUGGCCUUCUCUUGUGUUUCGCGCCGCAUGUUCUCGUCGCAGGCCCGCAAAUUCUUUGUCGGCGGCAACUGGAAGUGCAACGGGUCUGUUUCCCAAGCGAACGCGCUUGUUGACUCCCUCAACACGGCCACGAUUCCAGCCAACGUUGAAGUAGUCGUCGCACCGCCUGCUCUCCACGUGGCGUCUGUGGCAUCGCGCCUCCGCAAAGACGUCGGUGUGAGUGGCCAAGACGUAUGGCACCUUGGUGCCGGCGCGUAUACGGGUGAAGUAUCCGCAGAACUCCUCAAAGACGCCGGAGCCGGCUACAGCAUUGUGGGGCACUCUGAGCGCCGCCAAAAAGGAGAAUCGAACGACGAAGUCGCACGUAAGGCGGCAUACGCCUUGUCCAAAGGACUGUCUGUGAUUGCCUGCAUUGGAGAAACCAAGACCCAGCGUGAAGCCAACCAAACUCUUCAAGUCGUGACCGAGCAACUUGCUGCGUACGCCGCCCACGUCAAGGAUUGGUCUAAGAUUGUCGUGGCGUACGAGCCCGUGUGGGCUAUUGGAACUGGCCUCACUGCCAGCCCUGGACAAGCACAAGAAGUGCACGCCGCCAUCCGCAAGUGGCUCAAAACCAACGUCAGUGCUGCUGCCGCCGACUCCACCCGCAUUAUCUACGGUGGCAGUGUGACCGCCAGCAACGCCUCCGAGUUGUCUGGUCAAACUGAUAUUGACGGUUUUCUCGUCGGUGGCGCCUCUCUCAAGCCUGACUUUUUGCACAUCAUCAAUGCCCAAGGCGGCGGGACCACCAAUGCCGGUGGUCCUGUGAAUGUAGCCAUCAACGGGUUCGGCCGCAUCGGUCGUCUAGUCCUUCGCGCGGCGGAAGCUAACCCGCUCAUCAACGUCGUUGCCAUCAACGACCCAUUCAUCCCGACCGAGUACAUGGAGUACAUGCUCAAGCACGACACUGUCCAUGGUCUCUUUGACGGCGAGGUUGGCCAUGACGGCGACUACAUCCACGUGAACGGCAAGAAGAUUCGUGUGUUUGGUGAAAAGGACCCGUCCAACAUCAAGUGGGGCGCAGCCAACGCCGAGUACGUCGUCGAAUCCACCGGUGCGUUCACAACCAAGGAAAAGGCCGGCGCCCAUCUGAAGAACGGCGCGCGCAAGGUUGUAAUCUCGGCGCCGUCCGCCGACGCGCCCAUGUUUGUCGUGGGAGUGAACCACGACUUGUACAAGAAAGAUAUGCACGUCGUCUCGAACGCGUCGUGCACGACCAACUGCUUGGCGCCGCUUGCCAAGGUUGUCCACCAGAAAUUUGGCAUCGUUGAAGGGCUCAUGACGACGGUGCAUGCAGUCACGGCCACGCAACUCACUGUGGAUGGCCCGUCCAAGAAGGAUUGGCGUGGCGGCCGUGCAGCGUGCUUCAACAUCAUCCCGAGUUCGACAGGGGCCGCCAAGGCCGUCGGCAAGGUUAUCCCAGAACUCAACGGCAAGUUGACUGGCAUGAGUUUCCGUGUCCCGACUGCAAACGUGUCGGUUGUGGACUUGACGGUCCGACUCAAGAACAAGGCGUCGUACGCUGACAUCAAGGCUGCGAUCAAGUACGCCAGCGAAAACGAACUUGCAGGCAUUUUAGGCUACACGGACAAAGCGGUGGUUUCGAGCGACUUCAUCGGUGACGCACGCUCAUCCAUCUUUGAUGCCGAUGCCGGGAUUGCCCUCACCGACGACUUUGUCAAGCUCGUGUCUUGGUACGACAACGAGUGGGGCUACUCGAACCGUGUCCUCGACCUCAUCUCGCACAUGGUCCACGCCGAGCGAAAGUAGUUUUUCCACCGCUUAAUUGAGCGCGUUUGUUUUUUCGGUUGCGAUGAAAACUCUUAAAUUCCAAGAAAUUAUAACCAAUCGAACAAAUGCAUUCUAUAAAACGACCGAAAUAUU